AUGCCCAAAGGAUUCCUGGUAAAAAGAAACAAGAAAUCUGCACAUGUUUCCUACAGGACUCGCUCAGACGAAGAUGACCUCCAGGAGCCACCCAAACCAGCUGCCUUGCCGAGUCAGGCGAACCCCUCCCCGCCGAUGUCCGUGGCGUCCAGUCCGGACCGCGCCGCAGCAUCGCCGAAUUUCACAGCAGCUGAAGCGCCGGUGCCAAGAAUGGGGAAGCCGGCGCAGUUCGGCAACCCCGAGGCGGUGUGCCAAGCCCUCUACAGCCCCACCCGGCCCAUCAGCAAGGAGCACGACAGGGGAUAUUUUGAGCGAAGUUUCAAUCUGGGCUCGCCUAUUUCUGCCGAGUCAUUCCCGACACCUGCAUCCCUCUCCGGCCUGGAUCAUCUCCUCUACGCUCCGGUCGACCUGAAAAUCGGUACCAGCAACAGCAGCCGCAGCGGCACCACCAGCAGCAACCUCCCGGCACCAAGCAAUCGGGUCGGCACCAAAAGACCUGCAGGUGACGGUCCAGAACGCAAGCCUAAACCCGCCCCCAAGAAACCCAAAGCCAUUAGAAAACUCAACUUUGAAGACGAGGUGACGACUUCUCCUGUGCUCGGUCUCAAAAUCAAAGAGGGGCCGGUGGAGGUGAAGCCGAGGGCGCAGUCCUCCGGAGGAAACAAGCCUUUGGGGGAGUUUGUGUGUCAGCUGUGUAAGGAGGCGUACGCUGAUCCUUUCUCCCUGGCUCAGCACAAGUGCUCCCGCAUCGUCAGGGUCGAGUACCGGUGUCCCGAGUGUGAUAAGAUGUUCAGCUGCCCGGCCAACCUCGCCUCUCACCGCCGCUGGCACAAACCCAGGACCACCGGCGCACCGGCGAUGCCACCCGCACAGGGCAUCAAAGCUGAAAUGGCCAAAAUGCCACCACUAGGUGUCAAGUCAGUCUCCGACGAAGCCAAAGACAUGAGCGACAGAGACACCCCGAGUCCAGGUCUGUCCGAGUCGGGCUCUGAAGAUGGCUCAUAUGACUGCCAGUUCUGCGGGAAGAGGUUUAAGCGACAGGCAUACCUAAGAAAACACAUCAUGGGACACCAGGCCUUGCAAAAGAAAGUGCUGGAGGAGCACGGGUUUCAAACCAGCGACCGCGCAGCAGAGCAGGCUCCGGUGCCAACCUCCUCCGCCACCCCCUCCUCCUCAGCAUCAUCAUCAUCAUCAUCCUCAUCCUCAUCAUCAUCCUCAGAGGAAGUCUCAAACCAAAGCCCCCUCAAUCUAAGCCCGGUGGACUGCCUGCUGUGCCCGGUGUGCGGGGAGAGUUUUACCAGCAGGGCCGGCCAGGAGAGACACCUGCGCCUCAUGCACUCCUCCCAGAUUUACCCGUGCAAAUACUGCCCCGCCACUCUCUACAGCUCGCCGGGGCUCACCAGGCACAUAAACAAGUGCCACCCCUCUGAGAACAGGCAGGUGAUCCUGCUCCAAAUGCCGGUGCGCCCCGCCUGCUAA